AUGGAGAACACGGAGCUCAGAUCGAAGAAGCGAAAGCGCAAGCACGUCAGUGAGGUGGUGGAGGCUGAAGUAUCUACCGAAGCAAAGGACGCUUCAAGUGUCCUUCCCUCAGUCAAUGGCUUUGCAAAGUCUGAGCCUCCCAAGAAAAAGAAAAAGAAGCAUACACAUCAGGAGAAAGGCGAUGCGCAAAAGGGCACCCUGUCAAAGCCUGUUUAUGAUGGUCCCAGAAAGGCGAACGCUGUGGAAGGUGCCCCAGUAGAGGAGGUGGAAGAGGAGGUGGACAAAAGAGCUGGGCUGGCCUCGGGUGACGCUCUCAGGGACAAACACGAUGUGGAAGAUGAAUCAUUAGGGUCGGGGGGAGAGGAGGUUGAGAAUGUUGCAACCAUAAAUGCGAACAGGAAUGAUGCUCCCCCUGCAGACACAGACGUGCCAUCGGCUUCGGCUUUAUCAUUACCGUCCACAGGCUCUGACCCCAAAAGCUUCAAGGACCUGAACUUGUCGAGCAAGACGAUGCAAGCCAUAGCGGACAUGAAUUUUGAGAAGAUGACGGAGAUUCAGCAGAGAGGAAUACCACCGUUGUUGGCUGGUAAAGAUGUUCUCGGCGCAGCAAAAACAGGCUCCGGCAAGACUUUGGCAUUUCUAAUCCCUGCGGUCGAGAUGCUGAGUGCUCUCAGAUUCAAGCCCAGAAAUGGAACUGGAGUCAUUGUCGUCUCACCGACACGAGAGCUUGCCCUACAGAUAUACGGCGUUGCGCGUCAAUUGAUGGCAAAUCACAGUCAAACAUACGGAAUCAUUAUGGGAGGAGCGAAUCGACGCGCCGAAGCUGAGAAAAUCGCGAAGGGAAUCAACCUCGUCAUCGCCACGCCUGGGCGUCUACUGGACCACCUGCAAAACACGCCUGGCUUUGGCUACAAAAACAUCAAAGCACUGAUUAUAGAUGAGGCAGAUCGAAUUCUUGAAGUUGGGUUUGAAGACGAGAUGAGACAAAUCAUUAAGAUUCUCCCUAAGGACGAGCGGCAAACAAUGCUUUUCUCUGCAACGCAGACUACCAAAGUCGAGGACCUCGCAAGAAUCUCACUGCGACCUGGACCCCUUUAUAUCAAUGUCGAAAACACCAAGGAACACUCAACAGUGGAGGGAUUGGAGCAGGGAUACGUCGUCUGCGACUCAGACAAACGCUUCCUCCUCCUUUUCUCAUUUUUGAAGCGCCAAAAGAACAAAAAGUGCAUAGUUUUUUUCUCGAGCUGUAAUUGUGUGAAAUACCAUUCCGAGCUGCUAAACUAUAUCGAUCUUCCCGUGCUAGAUCUCCACGGGAAACAGAAACAGAUCAAGCGAACAAAUACGUUCUUUGAAUUUUGCAAUGCUACCAAAGGGACAUUGAUCGCAACUGAUGUAGCUGCGAGAGGGCUUGAUAUACCUGCAGUGGAUUGGAUUGUUCAAUUUGACCCUCCAGACGAUCCUCGGGAUUACAUACAUCGAGUCGGACGAACAGCACGAGGAUCGGGUGGUAAAGGCAAAAGCCUCUUAUUCCUGCAGCCUUCAGAAGUAGGCUUCUUAAAACAUCUCAAAGAAGCAAGGGUACCGUUAGUGGAGUUUGAGUUCCCAGCAAAACGAAUAUUCUCAAUACAGAGCCAGUUGGAGAAGUUGAUCAAUCAGAACUACUACCUCAACAAGUCGGCCAAAGAUGGCUACCGCUCCUAUCUACAAGCAUACGCCUCUCAUAGUCUAAGGUCUAUCUUUGACGUUCACAAGCUCGACCUCGUCAAGGUGGCAAAGAGCUUCGGCUUUUCUGCACCUCCACGCGUUGACAUCACGUUGGGAGCAAGCAUGAGCAGAGACAAGAAGAAGGAAGGGAGGAGAGCGUACGGAAGUCAACCGAAACAAGGGCAGAAGUUCCAGCGGAAAGGAGAUUGA